AUGGGUUUGUCCUUCACCAAGCUUUUCAGCCGCCUGUUUGCGAAGAAGGAGAUGCGAAUCCUUAUGGUUGGUCUCGAUGCUGCUGGUAAGACCACCAUAUUGUACAAGCUCAAGUUGGGAGAGAUAGUGACGACCAUUCCUACAAUUGGAUUCAACGUGGAGACGGUGGAAUACAAGAACAUAAGCUUCACUGUUUGGGAUGUCGGAGGUCAAGACAAGAUCCGACCAUUGUGGAGGCAUUACUUUCAAAACACUCAAGGGCUGAUUUUUGUGGUUGAUAGUAACGAUAGGGACCGUGUGGUUGAGGCUAGGGAUGAGCUACACAGGAUGCUAAAUGAGGAUGAACUGAGGGAUGCUGUGCUCCUAGUCUUUGCAAACAAACAAGAUCUUCCAAAUGCUAUGAAUGCUGCUGAGAUAACUGAUAAGCUGGGACUUCACUCUCUCCGUCAACGUCAUUGGUAUAUCCAGAGCACAUGUGCCACUUCUGGUGAAGGUCUAUAUGAGGGUCUCGACUGGCUUUCCAACAACAUUGCCAACAAGGCUUAA